AACAAAGAAAAAAAUAUAUAACCGCUUCAUAUUGAGCGUGCUAAAAAUAUUUAAAAAAAUUAACAUAAUUAUUUAAACAAAAUUGUAUAAACUUAAUCCUUUUUAAAUUGCAGUAAUAUGUCUGCAAACAAAACUUUGUUUGAGAGAGGGAUACGUAAUGCUUCUCAAUCUGAACAAUGUGGAGGGGUGGAAGGCAACAAUUGGGACGACACCUCGCUCAACACCGCGUACGACACGGCGAUGAAAAUAGCUAAGGCUGAGGUCGCGAAACGAGUGGCUAUGUCUACAAACACACAACCAGAGAACCGCGAUGACGAAAAACAAUCCAAAAAGGCUUCCAAAGCUAAACAACCAGUGGCCAGCUCAUCAAAGACGAAGAAAGAAUGGAAAGCAGGCAUGGCAUGCAGAGCGGUUUAUGACGAUGACGGACUGGAGUAUGAGGCGUUUGUGCUACGAGUAGUUGAUGAUCAGCAUUGCGUAGUUAGAUUCUUAGGAUACGAAAAUUGCGAAAUGGUGCCAAUAGAGAGCCUAACACCCAGCCUUGGCAAGAACGAGCGUCAAAAGCAAAUAGAACAAGCAGCGCUUGAGACGGAAGAUUGUCCCAAUUUCGAAUGGAGAGAGUGCGAGAGUGAUAGAACUAUGGGUAAGAAGCAACAUGGAACCGAUCAGCCAAACAUGGAAUGGAGGGAAUGUGAGAGUGAUAGAGCGAUGAGCCCUGGAAGUACAGAAUAUUCAUACGGUAGAAAACAGAAAUCGCCCAAAAAGAAGAAGAAUCAGAAACCAAAUUUCGAGUUUCCUGAUAUGCCAUUCUCAAUGCCCAGUAUGCCGAGUAUGCAGAUGCGAAAUAUGAUGACAAACUUCGGUUCCUUAGACAUGCCGUUGCCUCCACCGCCCAUCUCCAUCCCAACGGAGCGCCCCGACCCAGAGGAGCAAGCGGUCUCUUCUAUGCUGAUGAGCUGGUACAUGAGCGGGUAUUACACCGGAUUGUACCAGGGAAUGAAACGAGCAAAGGAAAGCCGCAAGCGGGUAUGAUUUUCAACCGACCACUAAGAACAAGUGAAAAAAAAAACCUUUUCCAUUUUUAUAAAGAAUGUAUUUUUAGUUUCCCAUAACAUUGAAUUAUAGUAUUAGGAAUGCAGUUAAUUUAAAUAAUUACAUUAAAUAAUGCCUGCGGAUUUAAGAAGUUUUAUGUACAAAAUAUACAAUUUCAAUAUUUCGA